UGCUUGUUUACACCGGACAUUUUUAACGCAUCGGACAGCAACUACGGGACCGAACAACAGAAUACUUAACGCAAUGACCCAAUUAAUAUAACAGUUAGUUUUGAAAGACUUCAGUAGUAAACAUGUGGGUCGUCAGGCGAGUGUUGUCGUCUGUUGCCCAUAGCCGUCGGUAUAUUGGUCACCCAGGCUUGCUCCGCUACCCGCGACCAGGUUCCCCCUCCGAGAUGGAGCUGCGCUACCUUCAGUGCACGUGCUGCUGGAGGAGCAGAAUCCCAGUGGCGGGAUUCGAGAGCCUCAACAGCACCAUCUCACCACCCUGCGAAGAGGAUGAUGACAGCGAGGGGCCCGCCGCUCCUCUCGAUGCCUGCUACACCUCGGAGCAACGCGACGCCAUCCUCUCGUUGCUCAACAACGCCUCGCUCACCGAGCUGGCGGGCGUCAAGCUCCUCCGAGGGCGUAAGUCGGCCAAUAUCGUGGAGUACCGGAGCAAACACGGCCCCUUUAAGACACUGGAGAGCGUGGUUAACGUGCCGCUGCUUAAGCACAAGAGCGCUCUUGUGGUGUUUGAGUCCAUCCUCAACCCGGGGAAGAGGAAGAGGGCGCGCAUCCAGCUAGCAAAGUUUAUCAGGCCUGAGGUGGACAGGUCCUGGCUGGAGGAUGCCAGUUCCAUCGUUUCACUCGUGUGCGCCACUAAUCGAAUAGCGUGGGCACACGUGGGCCCAGGGAUGACCGUCAUGGACUGGCAGCACCUUGAUUGUCCAAACUUCUUAAAGGGCACCUACAUGGCGUCGUCAUACUUAAACGACGUGUCAGCGGUGGUGUCCCUCCUCCCUUCGGCGGACUUUUACAUCAUCGAGAAGCCCUCCAUUUCCGUUCAGAACACGGCGCUGUUCCCAGUCAUGGCGCACUUGAGGGCGGUGGAGGCCAUGUUGUUUGCGCUCCUGGAGCCCAGAAACUUCCCACAGGACACCAACAUUCCUCCCAGAGUUCUGAACAUGAUGCGGACUGCCGUGGGACGCCACUUCGGACUCAUGGUGGGCGAGUCACGGACUAGCGGGGCGCAGGUGGUGCGGCGGCUGAUGACGGAGUCCGUGACACAGAAGAUGCCACGGAUCAACUUCCCGCCAGAGCUGCUGGUCAAAUACAGGAACUGGUUCCAGAUGAGCAGCAGAAGAGGCGGAGGAGAAGAGCUCUGCGACGCUCUGCUGCAAGCGCUGGCUUUUUACGAGCUGCUCAGCAAAUCCUCUGCUUAGGCAUCUGGCAACGCACACAAAGACACUUUAGCUGGUAGCCGGC